AUGAUACGAAGUUACCAGGUUCUGAGGAGCAAGGAAAGGAAGCUGCCUGUGUCAAACAUGCAGAUGCAGUACAAUAUUACGAGAGCAGAGGUCGAUGAUCUACUGCCGAUAGAUGAGGUGUCGUACAUCGAUUUCAAUUCAUCUCCUUCGAAUCCAUCAAAGAGGCCGAACGUCUGCAACGACUGUGUCUGUGGCGUGGGCCGGAAAACAAGGAUCGUCGGUGGGAACGUGACAAGCGUUUACGAAUAUCCCUGGAUUGUUAGCAUGAGUAAACAAGGCACAUUUUACUGUGCCGGCAGUUUAAUCACGCGGAAGCACGUACUCACAGCGGCUCACUGCAUGGAAGGAUUUGACCGAAGAAGCAUCAAACUCGUUUUGGUAGACAACGAUAGAACAAAAAUGGACAAAAAUGCCAUAAUUCGUCGAGUCAAGUCGGUCGUUAUUCACGAAGACUUUCACGCGUACACAUUUAACAACGAUAUCGCCAUCAUCGAAAUGGAUCGACCAGUGAAUGUGAACGGUGUCGUGCGAACUGCCUGUUUACCUGAAGACAAAGCCAUCGACUAUACUGGAGCUACUGCCACGGUAAUUGGUUGGGGUCGGACAGGGGAAAGUGAACCAGUGAGCAAUGAUUUGAGAAGAGUCAAUCUUCCAAUCUUAUCGCAAGAGGAAUGCGAUCAGGCAGGCUAUCAGAAAAAUCGCAUCACUGAAAAUAUGUUCUGUGCUGGGUAUCUGGAGGGUGAACUCGAUGCUUGCUUUGGUGACAGUGGUGGUCCUCUUCAUGUGAAAGGAACAUUUGGACAUUUGGAAGUAGUAGGUAUCAUCUCAUGGGGUCGCGGUUGCGCGAGGCCAAACUUACCAGGGAUCUACACAAAGUUGACAAAUUAUCUCGGAUGGAUGAAAGAUCAUCUGGAUGGCGAAUGUGUGUGUCCACCUCCUCGCCGAUAUUAA